CUCUCUUACUGGAAAUCUCCUGUAGUUUAUAUCAGAAGACCAGACACAUUUUCUGUACCACAGACCAUCAACAAAAGUCAAUUAGUGUCUUGAAUAAGGAGGAGAAGAUGAGCAAUCCACUUAGGGGAGAAGUUAUCAGAUUAUACAAGAAUCUUCUCUUUAUUGGAAGGGACUAUCCAAAAGGUGCGGUUUACUUCAGGGAGCGCCUGAAAUCAGCUUUUAUGAAGAACAAAGAUGUCACAGAUCCUGAGAAGAUCCGAAAGCUUAUUGAUCGAGGGGAAUUUGUGAUCAAGGAACUCGAGGCCCUUUAUUUCCUCAGAAAAUACAGAGCCAUGAAGAAACGCUAUUACGAACCAGAACACUGAUGACAUCAUGUCUGUCUACUGUUGGCCAAAUGCUAUAUAUACUGAUAUAUGAAGCAUUUAUUAAUAUUAUUAUGAUGUUUCAUUGUGCUGGCAAGAGCAUUUGAAGAUGAUAAAGAUAUAACAGGUUGAUCCUUUCUUAUUUUACUGUUUGUUGUUCCAGCAUGUGUCUCUGUUGUACAGUUCAGAAUGCCGCACCUGCCACAUGUUUUGAAUUGAGCAGUGACUCUAAUAAUUAUAAUUAUUUUUCAUUCCAAAACAAAACCAAACCAGAACUAUAUCAGAACAGAGAGAGACUUAAGUUAACACUAUUCUUAAUUGCCAGUUUUUUUUUAAUUAAUUCUUUAUAUGUGAUGGUGUAUAAGAGACAAAAUUAAAUCAUUGAAUAGAUUA